UUCACAGUUUGUAAAAUUAUCAUGCAAUAUGUUGUGGUAAACAGACCUUCAUAAUGAAGGAAAUAUCUUUACUUUCAGCAACUUCAGUUGUGCAGAUAGCUGGUUACAAGAAUUUUCCAGUUCCUCCUACUUAUGAUGAUAUAGAAAUUCCAAAAGAGCGACAGAAGCUACGUUUUCUGAACAAAGUUCCCCAGUAUCCAGGUUCUAUCCGGCCUCCUAAGAUGAUGAAGAGGUUGGAUCUGAUUCGUGGUGAAGAAGAAAUCCAUAGAGACUUACUUCUUCAGCAGUAUGGCAUUAUUGCAAAAAGAGGAGGACUGCUACGACAUGGGCACUUAGAAAUGAUCCGCAUGGGUAUUGCCCGAAAGAUUAAUCCCAAUAAGAUGUUCGCCAUUUGGAGGGUUGAUGCACCCUGGAAGCCAAUCACCAAAAAGGGCCAGGGAAAGAGAAUGGGUGGUGGUAAAGGUCCCAUUGAUCACUAUGUGACACCAGUAAAAGCAGAGCGAGUUAUUAUUGAAGUUGGUGGCAAGUGCUCUUUUGAAGAGGUGAAACCAUUUUUAACGAUGAUUGCUCACAAAUUACCAUUUCCUGCGGAGGUAGUGAGCCACGAAACCCUUGUGGCUUCUCGGUUGGAAGAAGAGAGAUUUGAGCGGGAAAACAUUAAUCCAUAUACCUUCAAAUAUCUUAUUCAAAACAAUAUGAUGGGCUGUCACAACUGGAUCAGAAAUAUUGAUAAGAAAUAUUUUGGAAAGUACCAUUAAGUUUAUAAAGAUACUUAUGGCAUGAAUAAUAAAAGUAACAGUAAUACAUGUAUGUGUAUUAGUUGUAUAUAUGCUCAUUAUAAUUAAAAGUUAAAGAAAUUAA